AUGAGAGACUGUGGUAGAGGAGAGAGGGGAGAGGAGAGACUGUGGUAGAGGAGAGAGGGAGAGGAGAGACUGUGGUAGUGGAGAGACUGAGAGGAGAGACUGGUAGAGGAGAGAGGGAGAGGAGAGACUGGUAGAGGAGAGACUGUGGUAGAGGAGAAACAGAGAGGAGAGACUGUGGGAGAGGAGGGAGGGAAAGGAGAGACUGUAGUAGAGGAGAGAGGGAGAGGAGAGACUGUGGGAGAGGAGAGACGGAGAGGAGAGACUGGUAGAGGAGAGAGGGAGAGGAGAGACUGGUAGAGGAGAGAGGUAGAGGAGAGACGGAGAGGAGAGACUGUGGUAGAGGAGAGAGGGAGAGGAGAGACUGUGGUAGAGGAGAGAGGGAGAGGAGAGACUGUGGUGUGUGUGUGUGUGUGUGUGUGUGUGUGUGUGUGUGUGUGUGUGUGUGUGUGUGUGUGUGUGUGUUUGUGUGUAUACCCCUCUGUCUUUGUGUGUGUGUCUAAAUGCUAGUAGUCCUUUAUGAGUCUAGUACUUAUUUCCUCUCAGCCCAUCAACUGAGCUCCAGGCUGCUUGUUGCAGUCUAUGAAAAUGGCAUCAAUCAAUCAGUGGUGUGGUUAGCCCCAGCAGACUGGAUGCAUUGGCCAGGUGGUGUCUCUCUGUAGCCAGGUGGUGUCUCUAUGUGGCCAGGUGAGGUCUCUAUGCGGCCAGAUGGUGUCUCUAUGUGGCCAGGUUGUGUCUCUAUGUGGCCCGGUGGUGUCUCUAUGUAGCCAGAGGGGGUUUCUAUGUGGCCAGGUGAGGUCUCUAUGUGGCCAGAUGGUGUCUCUAUGUGGCCAGGUGGUGUCUCUGUGUGGCCAGGUGAGGUCUCUAUGUGGCCAGGUGGUGUCUCUAUGUGGCCAGAUGGUGUCUCUAUGCUCCUUUCACAAGCCAGCCCUUGCCCUGGGUCAACCCCUCUUCUUCUCUACCCUGAUACAGAACUUCUCUAUCACUCAUUCUCUCCUCACACCCAAAACAGUCUCCUCUCUAUCUUAGUGUUACCCUGACCUGAACCUCUCUCCUCUUCACUCUCUAUCUUAGCGUUACCCUGACCUGAACCUCUCUCCUCUUCACCCUCUAUCUUAGCGUUACCCUGACCUGAACCUCUCUCCUCUUCACUCUCUAUCUUAGUGUUACCCUGACCUGAACCUCUCUCCUCUUCACUCUCUAUCUUAGCGUUACCCUGACCUGAACCUCUCUCCUCUUCACCCUCUAUCUUAGUGUUACCCUGACCUGAACCUCCUCUCCUCUUCACCCUCUCUAUCUUAGUGUUACCCUGACCUGAACCUCUCUCCUCUUCACUCUCUAUCUUAGUGUUACCCUGACCUGAACCUCUCUCCUCUUCUCCCUCUAUCUUAGUGUUACCCUGACCUGAACCUCUCUCCUCUUCACCCUCUAUCUUAGUGUUACCCUGACCUGAACCUCUCUCCUCUUCACUCUCUAUCUUAGUGUUACCCUGACCUGAACCUCUCUCCUCUUCACUCUCUAUCUUAGCGUUACCCUGACCUGAACCUCUCUCCUCUUCACUCUCUAUCUUAGUGUUACCCUGACCUGAACCUCUCUCCUCUUCACUCUCUAUCUUAGUGUUACCCUGACCUGAACCUCUCUCCUCUUCACCCUCUAUCUUAGUGUUACCCUGACCUGAACCUCUCUCCUCUUCACCCUCUAUCUUAGCGUUACCCUGGCGAACCCACAACCCUGGCGUUGCAAGCGCCAUGCUCUACCAACUGAGCUACAGGGGACUAUGCUACAAGCUUGGCACAUCUGUAUUUGGGGAGUUUCUCCCAUUCUUCUCUGCAGAUCCUCUCAAGCUCUGUCAGGUUGGAUGGGGAGCGUCGCUGCACAGCUAUUUUCAGGUCUGGGCCACUUAUGGACAUUCAGAGACUUGUCCUGAAGCCACUCCUGUGUUGUCUUGGCUGUGUGCUUAGGGUCGUUGUCUUGUUGGAAGGUGAACCUUUGCCCCCGUCUGAGGUCCUGAGCGCUCUGGAGCAGGUUUUCAUCAAGGAUCUCUCUGUACUUUGCUCCGUUCAUCUUUCCUUCGAUCCUGACUAGUCUCCCAGUCCCUGCCUCUGAAAAACAUGCUGCCACCACCAUGCUAAACUAUAGGGAUGGUGCCAGGUUUCCUCCAGACGUGACGCUUGGCAUUCAGACCAAAGAGUUUCAUCACAUCAGAUCAGAGAAUCUUGUUUCUCAUGGUCUGAGAGUCCUUUAGGUGCAACAUAUCAAAUGCACUGUAUAUAUGUAUGUAUGAUCUCUGUGGUAACUUGUAUAUCUGUACAGGGUUAACUCUAAAUUACAUUUUAGUCAUUUAGCAGACGCUCUUAUCCAGAGCGACUUACAGGAGCAAUUAGGGUUAAGUGCCUUGCUCAAGGGCACAUCGACAGAUUUUUCACGUAGUUAGCUCGGGGAUUAGAACCAGCGACCUUUCGGUUACUGGCACAACGCUCUUAACCACUAAGCUACCUGCCGCCCACAAUUACUCUAUGCAAAGGGUUUUUAAUGUCCUCUCAGGAAUUCUGUGUUAUUUCCAUUGGUCUCAUCCCCCACACAAGCCUUUAGAUGCUGUAACACCCUGUGGAGAUUGGGCCUUGGUGGUCAGGUUAUUGUAAACUUGGUAUCGUUUGAUUGGUCAAUGGUGGUUGGUUUUGGGUUGAAAGAGUUACACCUUCAAUGUGAUACAUUUAAUGAAAAGCCUUUGUUCUCUCUUAUCCUGUCUCCAAUCCAUGGAGGAAGGUUGUAUGAUCAUUCUCAUUUCCUAGGCCUCUAGGCAUCUCUUUGUUCAUGUUUUGUCUUGUAAGUUAACCUUAGAAUCUAUAUGCUUGGAAUAAUGCCUGGUAAUGCUUUUAACUUACAUUUAUGCCUUGUAUGAUUAAAUAUCUGCCUUUGAUAUAGACAAUUAUCAAACCAAUUCACUCUUCACCCUCUAUCUUAGUGUUAACCUGACCUGAACCUCUCUCCUCUUCUCCCCCCCCCCCCCCCCCCCCUUCUCCCUUUCUCUCUCUCUCUCUUCCUAUCUUUCCAUCUCAGUGUGCAGUAAAGGCCAGGCAGUGAGUGGACAGUAUCGUAUGCUGGCCAAACAUGGAGGCUACGUGUGGGUAGAGACCCAGGGCACAGUCAUCUACAACAACCGGAACUCCCAGCCACAGUGCAUUGUCUGUGUCAACUAUGUCCUCAGGUAGGGUCACAGGUCAAGGGUCAGGGGUCAAGGGUUGGGGGUCAGAGCUGAAGAUGGUGAGGUUUGGGAGGGGGAGGCAGGGGGGACAUAGAACAUAAGAUUAAUUAUUCUGGGUUUCCCUGAUUAAGCCUACUCCAGGAUGGAACAGCAUGUUUGUUCACUGGAGAUCCUCUACUGAAAUGUGUUUUUAGUCCAGGAUUAGGCUUAACCUGUGUCCAGGAAACUGGCCCAUAGUGUCCAACAUUGGGGGGAGGAAGUGAUUCUGGAAGGCUGCUGGUUCAAAUGUAGUACAUUACAGUAGUACAGUAGCUUAAUCUAUUAGUCGUACCAUCUGGCGGUAACAUAACACAUCCAUGAGGUAUCCCUCUGUCUCUCUGUGUGUUUUCAGUGACGUGGAGAACAAGUCCAUGAUCUUCUCCAUGGACCAGACUGAGUCUCUGUUCAAGCCCCACCACAUGAACAGCUUCUUCAGCCAGAGUGGUGCUGCGGUGACCGUGGACCCCAUGGAGACCCUUUUCACCAAACUCAAAGAGGAGCCAGAGGACCUUGCUCAGCUGGCCCCCACACCUGGAGACGCCGUCAUCACCCUCGACUUUGGUCAGAAUCCCCCCCAAUAUCUCUGAUUCUACUUUAGAUCUCUCCCUAACCAUACCCCGUAUCAUCCCAUUACUACCCAUCUCCCCAAAGCCAUGCUGCAGGGCACAUGAUAUGGUAGAAGAUAAACAUGUACCGGUACUUAUAGCUGCACCAUUUCUAACGUCAUCCCCAGGCUCCAAUUGAUGGUGCAUAGAACCUGGUAACUGUGCAAAAAACUGGGACUUGAUGUGGUUGAAAUCAAGGUGGGAGAGGGAGCGAUGGAAUUUGCAAUCAAAAUAAAUGUUCUAUCACAUUGACCAUAUUAUUUUUGGGAAGACCAAUUUAUUCUGAGUUCGGGCAUUUAAAGUUUAUAUGUGAAAACUAUUCGCAUACUUUUAGAUUUUCUGAACUCACUUCCUUGUUUCAAUCACUUGCGCUGCUCGCGCUUUGAAGUCCACAAUGUAGGGGGGAGGUUAUAAGGGUUAUGCUAGAUGGUGAUGGACUGAGAGAUCAGCCAAUCAAAACCACAAUGUAGGGGGGAGGUUCUAAGGGUAUGCUAGAUGGUGAUGGACUGAGAGAUCAGCCAAUUAAAACCAGUGGUUGUUUCGUCAUCUCCUGCCAUAGACUUCCAGUCAAGUCCCGUUCUGAGGCGCUGGGAAACCAGACAGUUCGACAGAAAGAGAGCUGGCUGGUGGACGAGAUUACACCAUCUGUAGUCUAAGAUAAUGCUGUAACUUCUAUGAAAACAGGAAUGCUAACCAUGUACUGUUUAUAUGGUUGUGUCCUACAGGAAGGCCACCGUUUGAGGAGCCUCAUCCUCCUCUCUACCCCAAGAUGUCACCCAUGCCCCCUCCGGCCCCCCAGGGCUGGGGCAGUGAUCCCCAUAAGCCCUGCCCAGCAGGAGACAUGUCCAAACAAAUGGCUGCCACUUUCUCAGUACCCCAGAACCCCACACCGGGCAGUGCCACCCCCAGCACCGCCCCCUCUAGCCUGAGCAGUUAUUCCACGGUACGUAGCUACUACUGUCCCUGGAACUGUCUAGAACUCUUCUAUCAUUCUUCUAUCAUCUAUUCUCUUAUUCACCACAUCCUCUACCACAAGCCUGAUUUACUAGAUGUUUAUUUAUUGUGUGUGUGUGUGUGUGUGUGUGUUUGUCACGAUGUGUGUACUUGUUUGUGUGUGUGUGCGUGUGUUUGUUUGUGUGUGUGUGUGUGUGUGUCACAGGAGGUUGGUGGCACCGUCAUUGGGGAGGAGGGGCUCGUGGUAAUGGCUAGAGUGGAAUCAGUGGAAUGGUAUGAAAUACAUCAAACACAUGGUUUGAUGCCAUUACAUUCGCUCCAUUCCAGCCAUUAUAAUGAGUCGUCCUCCCCUCAGCAGCCUCCACUGGUGUGUGUGUUAUGGAGUGGGCAUAGAUCCUGGGUGCUUGGGACAGGGGGCAGAGUGUGGUGAGAAUGGAGGGGUGGAUGGUUGGAAUAACCACUGGUCACUUAGUUACUUAGGCCUCAAGAGAGCUUUUAUCAUGUCCUCUCUCUCUCUCUCUCUCUCAUUCUCUCUCUCUCUCAUUCUCUCUCUCUCAUUCUCUCUCUCUCUCUCUCAUUCUCUCUCUCUCACUCUCUCUCUCUCUCUCUCUCUCUCUCUCUCUCUCUCUCUCUCUCUCUCUCUCUCUCUCUCUCUCUCUCUCUCUCUCUCUCUCUCCCAAUUCAAUUCAAUUUAAGGGCUUUAUUGGCAUGGGAAACAUAUGUUAACAUUGCCAAAGCAAGUGAAGUAGAUAGUAAACAAAAGUGAAGUAAACAAUAAAAAUGUACAGUAAACAUAACACUCACAGUUCCAAAAGAAUAAAGACAUUCCAAGUGUCAUUUUAUGUCUAUAUAGAGUGUUAUAAUGAUGUGCAAAUAGUUAAAGUACAAAAAGGAAAAUAAAUCAACAUAAAUAUGGGUUAUAUUUACAAUGGUGUUUGUUCUUCACUGGUUGCCCUUUUCUUGUGGCAAUAGGACACAAAUCUGGCUGCUGUGAUGGCACACUGUGGUAUUUCAUCCAAUAGAUAUGGGAGUUUAUCCAAAUUGGAUUUGUUUUAGAAUUCUUUGUGGGUCUGUGUAAUCUGAGGGAAGUAUGUGUCUCUAAUAUGGUCAUACAUUUGGCAGGAGGUUAGGAAGUGCAGCUCAGUUUCCACCUCAUUUUGUGGGCAGUGUGCACAUAGCCUGUCUUCUCUUGAGAGCCAGGUCUGCCUACUCUGCCUUCCGAGUGGCGCAGUGGUCUAAGGCACUGCAUCGCAGUGCUAGCUGUGCCACUAGAGAUCCUGGUUCGAAUCCAGGCUCUGUUGUAGCCGGCCGCGACCGGGAGACCCAUGGGGAGGCGCACAAUUGGCCCAGCGUCGUCCAGGGUAGGGGAGGGAAUGGCCGGCAGGGGAUGUUGGUAGAGCAUGGCGUUUGCAACGCCAGGGUUGUGGGUUCGAUUCCCACGGGGGGGGGGCCAGUAUGAAAAAAAUAAAAAUAUAUAAUGUAUGCACUCACUAACUGUAAGUCGCUCUGGAUAAGAGCGUCUGCUAAAUGACUAAAAUGUAAAAUGUAAUGCCUACGGUGGCCUUUCUCAAUAGCAAGGCUAUGCUCACUGAGUCUGUACAUUGUCAAAGAUUUCCUUAAGCUUGGGUCAGUCAUAGUGGUCAGGUAUUCUGCCACUGUGUACUCUCUGUUUAGGGCUAAAUAGCAUUCUAGUUUGCUCAGUUUUUUUGUUAAUUCUUUCCAAUGUGUCAAGUAAUUCUCUUUUUGUUUUCUCAUGAUUUGGUUGGGUCUAAUUGUGUUGUUGUUGUUGUCCUGGGGCUCUGUGGGGUCUCUCUCUCUCUCUCUCUCUCUCUCUCUCUCUCUCUCUCUCCCACUCUCUCUCUCUCUCUCUCUCUCUCUUUCUCUCUCUUCGUGUGUACAGCCCAGCAGCCCAGGGGAUUACUACAGCGAGAGAGAAAGUGACCUGAAGGUAGAGCUGACUGAGAAGCUAUUUGCUCUGGACACAGAGGGGCCCAAGAGCCCUGGCAGCACCCAGGUCAGUCUCACUGGCACUUCACAGACUCAAUCAGUGUGGUUAAGGAAGGUGGACAUAAUACUAUAUUGACACAAUUGGUCAUGGUUGCUUUCUUGUCAAGUUUAAAUGCACUUCAGAAAUGUGAUGUAAUGUGAUGUGACCCUCUCAGUCGGCCCUGAGUGAUCUGGACCUGGAGACCCUGGCUCCCUACAUCCCCAUGGACGGAGAGGACUUCCAGCUCCAUCCCAUCAUUCCUGAAGAGGCCUCUGGAGGCCCAGAGGGGGCCGCUGGCCCACUGGGCCACCCCACCACACAGAACAGCUUCAGCAACAUCGCCAGCCUCUUCCAGACCCUGGGAUCCCCACAGUCUGCCCACUACCAGCCCGCCAAGUGGGCCCCAGGAGACAGGAGAGGCCCCAACCACAGCCAAAUGAGCCCCAUGGACUCCAGGUCUAUUGUGCCCUACACAGUCCCCGCACAGAUCCCCCCCUACCACGCCCCUCUGUCCUCCAUGGGUGGACAUCAGAACCUGCAGUGGCCCCCAGAUCCUCUGUUAAAUUAUAUGGUGAACUCCAUGGACAGAAGCCACUCAUGUCAGAACAUGCCAGUCAACAUGAUGCACAAGGAGAGGUACUAUAGAGGGCCUUCAGUGUGUCUGUCCUACUGAUUCAGUGUGUCUGUCUUACCGGUCUUUAUUCAGUUGGGUUCUUGUACUGAUGGUUGUUAGAGCUAGAGUAGUGUACAGAGAUGGUUGUUAGAGCUAGAGUAGUGUACAGAGAUGGUUGUUAGAGCUAGAGUAGUGUACAGAGAUGGUUAAGUAAUGUGAUGCUCUUCUGCAGGUCAAUGGAGAACUUUGUCCAGGCCUACAGAGACAUGAGUCCCGCCAGAAUUGCCAUAGCCAACAACGUCAAGCGCUCUUUCACACAAAUGGCAGUGGUACGUUUACCCUCUCACUGCUUUAUGACCGUAAGCUAUGGUGUGUGUAUCCAGGUUGAGCUCACUGUUAAAUAUUCCAUGUGAGUUGUAUUAGAUACUGAAACUGCAGACUGGUUUUUACUAAGUUGUUGACUGUAAUGUGUGUCUGUGUUUGUAUUUGUGUUUAUCAGGGUGACACCACCCUCAGUACGCCUUCAAAGAUGAUGAGGAAUGAAAGCUGUGCCGUUAUGGACAGAUCUCUCAGCACCAGCUCACUGGAAGGUACUGUAUGGUGGCCCACAUGGGACAUGCAGUGCACAAACAAAAAUAAAAAAUAUCACUUAUAGUACAAGAACAGUAGAGAAAAUAGAGCGAUAUUGAACUCAUCUUAAUCUCUCUCUUUCUCUUUAUUUUACAGAUAAAGAUAUGUGCAUACCUGGGGGUGUUGACAAGUGUCUCAGCCCCCUUCAGCAGCACAGGAAGUCCCAGUAUCCAGGAUGUGGAAACAGUGCAUCCAAAAAAUCAUUCCCCGAACAGUGCUGCAACUACAAAGAAUACCGUAUGCUGCCCUCCAAAACAGAGGGUAAGUUUGGCUUGUUUAUUUCAAUUGUGAUGCCACUCCCAUGUGUUGUAUGUCAUAAAAAAAAGAUUGACUGAUCAAACCAGUAGCAACCAGUUGGACAGGCUGUGACCGGGAAAGGAAAAUGCAUUAAUGUUCACGUGGAGAUUUUGGCAAUGAUAAAACAUAUUCAAAUCUAUUUUUAGACAGGCAUGCAAUUGAUUUGGACAAAUUAUAUUGUUCAUUUUGUAAUCACAGUCCUUUUACAUUACUUGGCGCCAGUCAAUGAACUGUCCUCCUCAGAUGAUGGUUGAUUGGCGGUUGCCCCAAAGCCAUUUCCUCCCUACUAACAGACUGACUCCAUGUUUGUUGUGUGUGUAGGGGAUGCACUUAUUGUGCAAAGUUACAGACGCACAAAUAUCAUACCCCCUCAAAAAUUAUAACCUCCCAUGUUAUUGUAAUGGUGAGAGGUUAGCAUAUCUUGAAGGUAUGAUAUUUGUGCGUCUGUAACUUUCUCACUCUUCAUUAUUCACGAUUCAUUCAGGACCAUCCAUAAUCAUGGUGGCAUCCACAUUAAUGUAGUAGUGUUUAAAAACAUAUUCUAUAAUUAUUUACAAUAAAAGUCACUGUAAAAUGACCUAUCUACUCCCUACUAACGGACUGACUUUGCUGUGUGUGUAGGGGUUGCCAGUCGGCUGUUGGGCCCGUCCUUUGAGACCUAUUGUCUGCCAGAGCUCACCCGCUAUGACUGCGAGGUCAAUGUCCCUCUCCAAGGCAACCUGCACCUGCUGCAGGGCAGUGACCUACUGAGAGCCUUGGACCAGGCUACCUAGACCCAGCCCUACACCCCUUACUCCCCUCCCCUCCCCUGGACCAGGCUACCUAGACCCAACCCUACACCCCCUACUCCCCUCCCCUCCCCUGGACCAGGCUACCUAGACCCAGCCCUACAACCCCUACUCCCCUCCCCUCCCCUGGACCAGGCUACCUAGACCCAGCCCUACAACCCCUACUCCCCUCCCCUCCCCUGGACCAGGCUACCUAGACCCAGCCCUACACCCCCUACUCCCCUCCCCUCCCCUGGACCAGGCUACCUAGACCCAGCCCUACACCCCCUACUCCCCUCCCCUCCCCUGGACCAGGCUACCUAGACCCAGCCCUACACCCCCUACUCGCCUCCCCUGGACCAGGCUACUUAGACCCAGCCCUACACCCCCUACUCCCCUCCCCUGGACCAGGCUACCUAGACCCAGCCCUACACCCCCUACUCGCCUCCCCUGGACCAGGCUACUUAGACCCAGCCCUACACCCCCUACUCGCCUCCCCUGGACCAGGCUACUUAGACCCAGCCCUACACCCCCUACUCCCCUCCCCUGGACCAGGCUACCUAGACCCAGCCCUACACCCCCUACUCGCCUCCCCUGGACCAGGCUACUUAGACCCAGCCCUACAACCCCUACUCCCCUCCCCUCCCCUGGACCAGGCUACCUAGACCCAGCCCUACACCCCCUACUCGCCUCCCCUGGACCAGGCUACUUAGACCCAGCCCUACACCCCCUACUCCCCUCCCCUCCCCUGGACCAGGCUACCUAGACCCAGCCCUACACCCCCCUACUCCCCUCCCCUGGACCAGGCUACCUAGACCCAGCCCUACACCCCCUACUCCCCUCCCCUCCCGUGGACCAGGCUACCUAGACCCAGCCCUACACCCCCUACUCCCCUCCCCUGGACCAGGCUACUUAGACCCAGCCCUACACCCCCUACUCCCCUCCCCUGGACCAGGCUACCUAGACCCAGCCCUACACCCCCUACUCCCCUCCCCUCCCCUGGACCAGGCUACUUAGACCCAGGCUACGCUCCCCCUCUGUCUGUCUGUCUGUCUGUCUGUCUGUCUGUCUGUCUGUCUGUCUGUCUGUCUGUCUGUCUGUCUGUCUGUCUGUCUGUCUGUCUGUCUGUCUGUCUGUCUGUCUGUCUCUCUCCCCCUCUGUCUGUAUGUCUGUCUCUCUGUCUCUCUCCUCCUCUGUUUGUCUGUCUGUCUGUCUCUCUCCCCCUCUGUUUGUCUGUCUGUCUGUCUCUCUCCCACUCUGUCUGUCUGUCCAUACGACGCUGUUACAGACAAACUAACAAACACAACAGUCUAAAAUCCGGAUGGAACAUUAUCUACUGUAAGCAUGAUAUCUGGGGGUUUCCUUCCUUUUCCCUUACCGUCCACCUUCCUUCAAUCCCGUUGACCUGCUGCAGGGCAGUGACCUACUGAGAGCCUUGGACCAGGCUACCUAGACCCAGCCCUACACCCCUUACUCCCCUCCCCUCCCCUGGACCAGGCUACCUAGACCCAACCCUACACCCCCUACUCCCCUCCCCUCCCCUGGACCAGGCUACCUAGACCCAGCCCUACAACCCCUACUCCCCUCCCCUCCCCUGGACCAGGCUACCUAGACCCAACCCUACACCCCCUACUCCCCUCCCCUCCCCUGGACCAGGCUACCUAGACCCAGCCCUACACCCCCUACUCCCCUCCCCUGGACCAGGCUACUUAGACCCAGCCCUACACCCCCUACUCGCCUCCCCUGGACCAGGCUACUUAGACCCAGCCCUACACCCCCUACUCCCCUCCCCUCCCGUGGACCAGGCUACCUAGACCCUGCCCUACACCCCCUACUCGCCUCCCCUGGACCAGGCUACCUAGACCCAGCCCUACACCCCCUACUCCCCUCCCCUCCCCUGGACCAGGCUACUUAG